GAGCCGCUUCUGCCGUUUCUGCAGAUUAUGGUCGCCAUUACAAGAUGACGCUGGCUCCGCUGUGGUCUGUGACAAACAACUCCUUAUCUGGGAAAGUUGGCACAUGAUUUUUCACCACCCUGUGAGAAAGCUCCACGCGGCAGCUUUGCAUUGGGGCUUGGGAUGCUUUAUUAAGGCUGGGAGGGGCAUCCGAGAGAGAGAAGAAGAAAUAUCAAGGGCCUGAAUAAACUGCUGAAAGAAGAUUCCUGAGUUGCGUCUUCCUUGCGGGCAAGGGGUCGCGACAAGUGGUGCCGAAACCCGGGAACCAGAACUUUCAGCAGUCAGGGGUGGUGCACCGGUUAGUCCCAGGUAAGUGGGAUCCGCGACCAAAGCGGGGCAGCUCCUCUGUAAAGAAAGAGAGAGCAUUACAUUUUAUUGCAGCUGCACUGUGUACUUUCGCUUUUGUUUUCUGUGUUUCUUUUGUUGUGUCAUUUCGCUUUUGUUUUUUGUGCUUCUUUUGUUGUUGUGACGACAGGGACGCUCCCCUGUAAAAGGAAGAGAGCGGGGAAUUCAUAGAACGGAACGCUCCCCUGUAAAAGGAAGAGAGCGGGGACUUUUGUACUUUCACUUUCUUUAUAGCUCUAAAAACAUUAUGGGCGUUGCUUCUUCAAGCCCAAUUUUGUUGGCCCUAGAUGGGUUGUUACAUUCAAAAGGACUUAAGAUAAAGCAGAGUUCUUUGCAGAUGUUUUUAAGAGAAGCUGAUAUAGUGGCUCCUUGGUUUGCUUUUUCAGGGAGUCUUAUGGUUCCCAGCUGGGACAAAUUAGGGAAAGAUCUAGAUUUCGCUCAUGAGCAAGGUACCUUGCAGGGUGGCAUUAUACCACUUUGGAAGUUAGUUAGAGGAUGUAUAACAGAUGGUAAAUGCCAGGAAGCUGUGAGUGAGGGUCAAGCUAUUCUUGAGCAACUGCAUGAGGAAAAAUCUGAAGGAUCAUGUAGUGAAGUGGCAGAGAGUAUUAAAAGUAACAGUAGUGAGAAGGCAAAAGAGCCUGAAGAUAAAAAUAGGAGAAGGCUCUACCCAGACUUGACCGAAUUAAAAACGCCUGAGAACACAAGCAACUCAGAGAGUUCUGAGGACCUUGAUAUAUUGUUACAACAACUACAUAAGAUAAAAAUGAAAAAGAAGAAAAAGGAGACACAGGGCACGCAGGCCUACUGUAAGAAGGGGAAGGGAGUUAACAUCGGUCAACAAAACUCUGAGGAGGAGGUAGAAUAUCUAGAAGAAGAUAUGGUGCCGAUUGCCCCACCUCCGUUUGUGGGGGGGAGCCAAGGUUCCGGGAGAUCUUUUCAUGCACAAGUUUGGAGGACAGUUAAUACAGAUAUGGGACUUGCAUACCCUGUAUUUCAGGACAAUAACAGGGGAAGAUAUCAUGAGCCUUUAGACUUUAAGAUAAUUAAAACCUUGGCAGAAUCUGUCCGCAUUUAUGGCAUAGAUGCCGCUUUCACUCUCACUCAGGUGGAGGGACUUACUAGAUUUUGCAUGACUCCCUCAGAUUGGGCUAGUCUAGUCCACGCUUGUGUUUCCCCAGGGAAAUAUUAGGAGUCCAAAGUUGGCUGUUUAAUGUUUCUGGCAGUACCCAAGACUCGGAGCGAGGUAGGAGACUUAAAAUUUCUGCAAACAAUUCACAAUUGUUUAAUGCUACAUUACCCUCCGCAGCAGUCUGUCUCCAAUCUCCGUUCCUGUUUCUUUUGGCUAAUGUUACAUUACAGGGGAUGCUUAAUUGCUCUAAUAUUACCUGUUAUUUGUCUGAGUGUUGGAAUGGAUCCUGGCCUAUGGCAAUGGUUAUGAAAAUUCCAACUUUUGUCCCGAUCCUGGUUACUGCAGAUCCAGAGUCAUUUCCUAUUGUUGAACUGAUUGGAGCCCGUAGAGAUUUUGGAAUUACGGCAGCUAUGGUGACAGCUGUGGCGAUAUCUGCUGCUGCAGCAGUUACAGCUGGAGUAGCCAUGGCCAGCCAGGUACAAACUGCUGCCACUAUUAAUCAGGUUAUUCAACAAACAUCCACCAUACUUGAAUCUCAAAGUAGAAUUAAUCAACAUAUUUUAUCUGGGAUUCUGGCUGCUAAUCAAAGGAUAGAUCUGCUUCAAGCUCAAGUUGAGGAAUUUUCUGACCUAGUACAUUUGGGUUG